UUCUUGUCAACAAACGAGAGCGCGAGGGCAGUGUGCAAGGCUGCAAGCAAUGGAGGAAGAGGCGAGAGUUAUAAAAAAGGGGAAUAGGGUUUGUGUGACUGGGGCUGGUGGAUUUGUGGCUUCAUGGCUUGUUAAACUUCUCCUCUCUCAUGGCUACCAUGUCCAUGCCACUGUCAGAGAUCCAUGUGACAACAAGAAUUCGCAUUUGAAGAAGUUGGAAAAUGCGUUGGAAAACCUACAACUCUUCAAGGCCGAUUUGCUUGAUUAUGACUCGAUACUAGAGGCAGCCGCAGGAUGUGAAGGAGUCUUCCAUGUAGCAUCUCCUGUUCCCACAACCAAAGUGUCUAAUCCUGAGGUAGAAGUUAUUUCUCCUGCUGUGACGGGUACUCAGAAUGUGCUCAAGGCUUGCUCUGCUUUGAGAGUUAAGCGUGUAGUUGUGGUGUCUUCGGUUGUUGCUGUGACAUUGAACCCACACUGGCCAAAGGGAAAGGUUUUGGAUGAGGAAUGUUGGUCAGACCCGGAACACUGUAGGAUGACUGAGAACUGGUAUUACCUUGCAAAGACACUGGCAGAGGCUGAUGCUUUCAAGUAUGCAAAGGAGAAUGAUCUUGACGUUGUCACUGUUUGUCCAUCAAUGGUUCUUGGACCUUUGUUUCAGCCCACUGCGAAUUUUAGCACCCUGUUUCUCAUCAAUAUUUUGAAAGGGCUCCGUGAGUCAAAGGAAAACAGGCUUUACCAUAUCGUGGAUGUUCGAGAUGUAGCUGAUGCACUGCUCCUUGUGUAUCAGAAACCAGAAGCAUCUGGGCGGUACAUCUGCGCAAGCCAUCCAAUCAAGAUCAGAGAGGUCAUUGAUACUCUGAGGAGCGUGUAUCCCAACUACAAUUACCUAAACAACUUAACUGACGUGGAUUAUGAUCACCUUAUGACUUCAGAGAAGUUAAAGAAGCUAGGAUGGAAAUGUAGGCCUCUCAAAGAGACCCUCAUUAAUACGGUCCAGUCUUAUGAAGAGGCAGGUAUCUUGGACAACUAAAGAUGAUACAGGCUUUCAUACAUGUAGUAACACUUAUGAAUUAGCUCGAAACAUUGCGGUGCAUUUGCACUUGCACUUGUUGAUUUUUAAUAUAUCAAGAACCAUCUGUGAACACUCCUUCAAUCUGCAAUGUUUUGUUAUGUGCAGUUCCUAUGUUUUGACUUA